ACUAGGUAAAGAAACCUCGAGUCAAACCACACGAAAGGCAGUAUAUACAUAUGCUGCGCGCUCUAACACCGUAGUGUUUUACAUCAGCCUUUCAAAAUGCAAAAUAAAUACAAGAACAAGUUAUUGUCCAGCGUAGUUCAAAUACAGACAAUCUUGGGUGUAAAGGAAGCGAGUUGUGCACAACAAGGCGUACUGCGAGCCUCCCUUCUCACUUAGGCACACCCCUCUCAAAUUAAGAAGAGUUUGGUGGUGAGAACAGGAAAAACUCGUACUAGCAGUCCUGUGAUCGGCUUACAGAGCACCAUGUCUUUCACAAAUAUUUUAUCAUUUUUAAAGGGGAAAGAGACGAUCAUUUUCAAUGCCCUCGUUGCCUUAAUCACGAUUGGGGGCCAACAGCUCUUCUCUUUCUUCGCUUUCAACUGUCCGUGCAAAGUAGACAGAAACCUGUUCUACGGUCUCGCCUUUAUGGGAGUGCCGGCACUCAUCCUGCUCAUUGUCGGAUACACGCUCAACGACCAGACGUGGAGGCUCAUCAUGGAGAACCCUAGCAGAGGGCGUCCCCAGGAGGCGGGGGCCAGGGGCGCCUUGAAGAGAUACAAACUCGUCUGUUUUGUAUGCUGUAGCAUUACCGGCAGGGCUGUUGUGGCUCCCAUCACCUGGAUGUCAGUAACGUUACUAAACGGCGCUUAUUAUGCUUGCGCAGUCAGCGAGUACGCAGUGGUAGACCAAGAAAUCGUCACGAGACUGCCCGAGCGCGCCCGCCAAGAACUACUGGCAACUAUGCCCUGUCCUCGGCUUGUCCCGGACAAUCUGACCUUAGUGCGGGAUGAAGUGGUCCGCGUGCUGAUGUAUCAGUCACAGGUGGCUGGCUGGAUCCUGAUUGCCAUUGUGGCAGUUUCUGGUUUCCUUUUUGUUUGCUUUGCAAGAUGGUUGUCCCCACUCAGCUUUGUUCACCUGAACUACUGGUCCCGCUACGUGGAUAAUGAGCAGUUACUUAUGGAUCAAACUAUGGAUCAACACAGUAAGAUCUUUGCUAGUCAGCACAUUAAAAAGUUCUUUGGCUUCUCCCCAGAGAACAAAGAAGUAAAGGAUAUCCGGAUCCCUGCUCGAGACGACUGGAGGCUUAUUUCUGGUGCAGAUAUGUUUAAUGUCAUCAGUGAAGAAAACUACCACUACAGUCUUCUCCAUUCUUGGUCAGAUGAAAUGUCUGAUGAUGGAAAGUAUUUACACCUUGAGGAGGGGAUAUGUUUACAACCUUCCACUUCAGCACUAUGAACAAGUCAACCAAAAUGAUUAUCUUGUGUUUUUCAUAAAGCAUCCACAAGCAUGGAUAUGCUUCAUUAAUAUUAUUAUUAAAUAAAUUGUACAUGACUUUUACCUCACCAUACAAUCCUUGAAACAAAAUGUUUGUAGAAGUUUUUGGAUGUGAAAAGUACAUGGACUCCGGUUAGAUUCAUACUCUAUAGUUCAUUCAGAAUUUAUUUGGAAACCACAGAAUGACAUUUUAAGCUUAUUACUCUUAUUUCUUUCUGUGAUUAAACAGAUUGUUAUUGAAAGAUAUCUGCUUUGAUGCAACUGCUAAAAUGCAGCAAGUAUACAGUGCCUUAAAAAGUAUUUCUUCCUUUAAAAAAUGUUCUACUUUUAGAUUUGAAAUUUGAAAUAAAGUUAGGAUUUUCUUUUCCUUACUUAUCUAAACCAUGUCAAAUGAAAUGGAAGGCAUUUUUAUUAAGUUUCAAAAUAUAGGCCUAAUAAUAAAGAUAUAUAACCAAUCAGACAUACAAUCUAAUAAAAGUCUUAUACUAUAUAAAACAAUGUCCAAAUAAACAUGUAAUCAAUGCAACAUAUCAUGUCAUAAAGACCCACCCUUACCAAAUUCAGUUAUUUGAAAAAAGUUCUGUUAUAAAGUAGUUUUCCAUAUAGAAGAAAAUAGAAUAACAAUAAGAAUUACAUGCCAAAUUCUGAAAAAGAACUUUUAGAUAAUAUAAAAUGUCCCUUUUGCAUUGAGUUAUGGAGGACGCAUUAAAAUUCUUCCAGUUAAGAAAAAUGAGUCAAUUCAGUAACAAUCUAGGUAGGAAAUCACUGUAAGUUUAUUAUUACUUAAUCUAGUCCCAUCUGAUGCAACUCUUGUGUGACAAGAAGACAUGAUGAUUUUAAUGGAAAACAACACAGGAUGCAUGUAUGUUUAAAUCAUCUCCAAAAACUGCUUACCUGAUCUGACAUAUGCAGUGAUCAAUUGCUACCCAUCUUAAUUCCCACAGACAUUUUCCAGUUGUUUUCCUGAUUGCCAUCUACAUCCUUUCUCAAGUCUGCACCAGCAUUAUGCAGAGCAGACUGUACAACAUUAUUAUUAAAUCUUGCAGGAACUGAGUGAGGGAUCUCUGUUUUGGCCACCCAGGGACACCAAAUAAAUGUAGGAAACAAUGUAUGGAUGUGAGAAAAAGAAUUGAUUGAUUAAUGUUAAUCAGUUAUUUAAUUAUUAGCUUGCAAUGCCAGUAAUUAAACUUUUUGGUUAAGCUCGCACUUUAUUUUCCUUACCUUUCUCAGGAGGUGGUCUCUGGCCAUUAGACUUAUAUCAAAGUAACUGAAGCACAAUCGUUUUAAGAAAAAUCCAUCCAUCCAUUAUCCAACCCGCUAUAUCCUAACUACAGGGUCACGGGGGGUCUGCUGGAGCCAAUCCCAGCCAACACAGGGCGCAAGGCAGAAAACAAACCCCAGGCAGGGCGCCAGCCCACCGCGGGGCGCACACACACACAGCACACACUAGGGACAAUUUAGAAUUGCCAAUGCACCUAACCUGCAUGUCUUUGGACUGUGGGAGGAAACCGGAGCACCCGGAGAAAACCCACGCAGGCACGGGGAGAACAUGCAAACUCCACGCAGGGAGGACCCGGCAAGCGAACCCAGGUCUCCUAACUGCGAGGCAUUUUAAGAAACAUAAUAAUCCAAUUUAUUUUUAAACACAAGGAUUAUAGAAAUAUGAUGACUGCAUAUACUGUAUAUCAAGACAGGACAGGAAAACAGAGAAACCUGUAACAAGUUUACUGUCUAUUUAUACUUCUAAUUUAUCUUGGCACAAAUAAACAGUUUGAUGAUACCAGGCCUUCUAAAAUGAUACCCAAUGCUGUGUGGAGUUGUGUGUUGUUGCUCCUCUUUAAAUGGUGGCUUCCGAUUUUGUUGGAAUGCACUCUUUGUCUAUUCCUACAAAAUCCUUUUGUCUGUGGUGUGAUGCUCCUGAGCUUGCAGCUUGUUGUGCUCUCUGCAACUUCAUAAGGAAGCGUUGCUCUUUCUGCCACAAGAGUGUAGACGCUGAAGUUCCCUUCUUGACGUAAUGCUGCUUCUGAGUCUUAUCAAACUCUGCUCCGUCAAUGGCACAGAGCUUGGCUUGGCAGAAUGGACCUUCGAGCUAGUUCAGGACAUUGAACUCCAAGAUUCAAAGGAAAGUAGCUUCCAGGCCAAAGAAAGUUGUUGAACUCUUUGUUCUACAAAGAGGGGGUGGUUCUUCACUGCCUUGUCGGCUUUUGGCUCACGCAGAGAACAGAUCAUAUGUAUUCAGACCCCCCAAAAAGAGAAUAGAUCCUCAGCUAACCCAAAGGGAGCAGAACAGAUAAAUGCAGGUAGUUUUGGAGAAAGAUGUCACGUUCUGCUAAUCGGAUCAAGGUCCCUUCCAGUUACAGAUUAUUAUCUGGUGCCUGUUUAUAGGAGUUACAUUUUGUCACAUCCAGCUAGAGUUCAGUUAGGGAAUACAUGCCUAAAAUGAAUGUCCAUCUGGCCGCCUUUUUGUCUGAAAGAGUCUCUGCAGAGGUAUAAGCUCAACUAUGAUUUGCACCUAUGUUGUCAAAUGAAAUACUGAGCUGACCAAAAUGUUAGUAGAGCUGCAGUUCAGCCAUUCACUUUAGUAUUCUAUCAUGAAUGUGGGUGGGGGUGUGUGCAGCUGAAUGUAUACAUCCCUGUUAAAUCUGCUGCAUUGACAGGCCUUGUGUGACACUAAAAGCCUAGGAAAAUGAGCCAUGUACACUUUGUCAUACAAUCUUAAGGAAUUAUUAAAUAUUGUUUGAGACUUCAACAAAGCAAAUUCAAGGAUUUUUUUUUACCUUAAUACCCUCUGUAUGUCACUGGCCUUUCCGAGUAUGCAAACACUUUAGACCACUGUUACACUCCAAUAAAAUAUGCCUUCCAUCCACUAUCUCCAACUUGCCUUCAUCAUUCAAACCAUCUCUCAAUACACAGCUGCAACUCCAUUAUUAAAUUAGUUCAUAACACAGCCAUUGUGAGACAGAUCACCAGCAAUGACGAUAUACUUUCAGAAAAGAGAUUUGCCUCUUGACACAGUGGUGCCAGGACAUAAAUUACUUUAAUAUCGGCACAACCAAGGAUCUUGCUGUACAUUUCUGCAAGCAGGAGGAUGAUCACACUCUCAUCUGCUUCAGAAAGAAUAGCAUGAAGAGAGGGUCAGAACUCUAAAAUUUCUUGGAGACACCUUUACUUAUGAUCUGAAGUGAGCACAACACAUGUGGGUUAUAGUUUAUAGACCACUCUCAGGUGCAAUGAUUUAUGAGCAAAAACUACCUUACCUCAAACCGUCUUUUUUAUUUUUACCUGAAAAAUCUCAGGGAAUUAACAUUUAAAAUAUUUUGAUUUCGUUAAAACGUCAAAAACUCUUCUUGGUCAGUGUGUGUGAAAUACCAAUCAAGAAGGAUUGGCAGUGCCAUAUUAAAGACCUCAGUCAUUUUGCACAGUCAGAUUUUUCUGUCAGUACAAGACAAUUGGCACUUGGACAAGUACAACCCCAAAUCAGAAAAAGUUGGGAGGCAUGAAAAAUGCAAGUAAAAAAAUGCAGUGAUUUCUUAAAUUUACUUUGACUUUUAUUUCAUUGCAUACAGUAUGAACCCAAGAUAUUUCAUGUUUUGUCUGGUCAGAUUCAUUUAAUUUGUUAAUAUACAUAAAUUCCUGCAUUUCAGACAUACACCACAGUCCAAAAAAUGUUGGCAUGGUAAAGCAUUUACCGUUUUGUAAUGUCGCCAUUCCUUCUCACAACACUUAAAAGAAAUUUUGGCAGUGAGGAUACCAAGCGAUAAAGCAUUUCAGGUGUUUUUUUUUCCCCAUUCUUCCUGCAAACAAAUCUUAAGUUGUGCAACAGCACAAGGUCAUCCUUGUUCCACUUUUUGUUUGAAAAUUCUCCACACAUUCUCUAGUGGGGACAAGUCCGGACUGCAGGCAGGCCAGUCCAGUACCCAUACCCUCUUUUUCAGCAGCUGUGUCUUUGUAAUGUGUGCAGAAUGUGGUUUGCAUUGUCUUGUCAAAUAAUGCAUUGAAGUCCCUGGAAAAGAUGUUGUCUUGAAGGCAGCAUACUGUAUGUUGCUGUAAAAUCUCAGUGUAAUUUUCUGCUUUAAUGCUGCCAUCACAGAAGUAUAAAUUACCUUUGCCAAAACACUGACACAGUCAGGCCCUGGAUUUUGGAUUUGUUGCUGAUAACAGCCUGGAUGGUCCUUUUCGUCUUUGGUCCGGAGCAUACGCCGUCCCAUUUCUUCCAAAAAAGAUCUGGGUUACUGAUUCAUCUGACCACAAUAAAUGUUUCCACUGUGUGGUGGUCCAUGGACAUGGUUAGCAUAAGGCUUCUUUUUUGCACAGUAAAGUUUAAGGUGGAAUUUGUGAAUGUAACUUUGUAUUGUAGUGCUUGACACAGGUUUGCCAAAGUAAUCACUUGCCCAUAUGGUUAUCUCGGCUAUUGAUGAGUGACAGUUCUAGAGGCAGUGCCAUCUGAGAGAUUGGAGAUCACGUGAGUUCAGCUUAGGCUUGUGCCGUUACCCCUUACGCUCUGAAAUUCCUCCAGAUACCUUGAAUCGUUUAAUGAUAUUAUGCACUCUAGAGGGAGAAUUAUGUAAAUACCUACCAAUCCUUCUUUGAGGAACAUUGUUCUUAAACAUUUCAAUAAUUUUCUCAUGCAUUUGUUGACAAACAGGAGAUCCUCUGCCCAUCUUUGCUCGUCAAAGAGCCUUUAGUGGAUACUGCUUUUGUACCAGAUUAUAAUUUUAAUUGCCUGUUGACAUUAUCUGUUUGAAAUCCUAUCAUUAUUUAACUUUUUUUCCUCAUUUCUGGCUCUAAUUUGCCCCUGUCCCAACUUAUUUUAAAAUAUGUUGCAGACUUGAAUUUGAUAUAUAUUAACAAAUGACAUGAAGUUGACCAGACAGAACAUGAUAUAUUUUUGGGUUCAUACAGUUUGCAAUGAAAUAAAGUAAAAGUACAUUUAGGAAUCACUGCAUUUUUUUAUUUGCAUUUUCCAUAUGUCCCAAAUGUUUCUGAUUUGGGGUUGCAGAUUCAGGGACAAUUUUUAUCAACCAGUUGUAGGGCCACUCAACAGCUACUUAUAAUGACUUCUGCAUGAUUAUUUCUUGUAUAUAUGAACUGCUGUAUGUUGAAUUCAGUUUAUGAUGUUGUAUUCAUUGUCUUUUUUACUGUUUUUGGUAUUACUACUGUGACUAAUAUGAAUUUAAUUGUACUGCAUGCAAAAACCAAUAUAAUAACUUGGACUUGACAUAUUCAGUAUAUUUUUAUUUGAAACCUGCUUGCACUACAUGACCUACAGCCGCACUACUCAACAUGUGACCCCAAACCCCCCCCCCCCAGAAGAAUUUUCUGUGGCUAGGCUAGGUAGUAAGAAAUAUAUUGAAGUCUAUGAAUCAUUUUAGAAUAAAUCCCUUCUCUAAACAGGAACAUUCCAUUUUCUAUCAAAAGGGGGCACACUAGUGUACACACCUUAUCAGUUCAAGCAAAGUUUCUUUCUGCAUCACAACGCAAAGUAGACAAAACGUUUCAAGAGCUACUGGUGAAAACAACAAGAAAAUGGCAAAAGACUAACUUUUAUGUCCGCUUUGUCAAAGAAGUAUAGUGGUACUAAAAUGCAUAAAUAUCUAGCAUCACCAGGAAAGCUGUCAUGCUGACUUUAGAAAAUUAUAUCCCCCUCAGACCGAUUUAAGAAAGGAUAAAAUGUGUUCACUUCUAGACAGUCUUUAUGGCCAGCAAAAUCUACUACGAUGCAAAAUAAGAGAGUGAUUCCAUCACAGAAGCAUCAUAUAAAAUAGUGUGGAACCUUGUAAAGAGCCACAGGCCUUUUACUGAAGGUGAGCAUAUUAAGAAAUGUUAGUUGGAGUGUAGUGAAUCUGUUUUCACUGAUUUUUAAAAACAAAGAUGAUAUUGUUGGUCAGAUAUCCUAAUUGCAACUAUCAAGAUUCUACACUAGCCUGAAAAGUUGAAACAAUUUCUGAUAAUCUUUUUGAAAAACUUUUAUAGAAGACAUAAGUAACACACAACAUUUUAGUCAGGCCUUUGACGAGUCAACUGAUAUAUCAGACAUGGCCCAGGUCAUGGUGUGGGGUGUAAGUUAUAGUAGAAAGUAACUGCAGAGCAAAUUUUUCAUGAAAGAACCAGAUGCUGUGUAUAUAAUUAAUCAUAACUGAAUUUUCAUCAAGUAAAAUAUUUUUAUUUGAAAAGUUGUUUUUGGAUUUACAGUUGUAUAAAUAAAUUGUUUAAGGUAGACAAGGGGGAAUGGUUAUAAGCAUCCUGAUUGUAUUAGUUUGUAUUUGUGGUGAAGCAUGGUAGUAUUCAAGUGUAACUUACAUAUUUUCCUUAUAUGAUGGCAUUUAAAGGAGCAAAAGUAGAUUGGGCAAUAAAAUGUUGAUAGAUUUAAAUUACAGUAAAGUUUCAAAUAGCUUUCAUAAUUAUUUUAAGAUGCAUUUUUACUUUUUUUUUUUUUACUUUUACUCCCAUUUUUAGAUAAUUGUUACUUAAAAUCUUGUGAUGUUAUAUGAUUACAACAAAAGAAGUCUUAUGUUGGCUCAAUUUUAAAUAAAGUGCUAAUUGCUACAUUUA